AUGCGUUUAACAGGUGGCAAAGAUGAAACGCAAAAUAAUUGCGGAAUAGUAGCUGAAGGACGAUUCGCUGUUGAUAGACUUGAUCAUAUGAUUUUGGUUCAAAUUAUUGAUACCAUAAUUGCAACAGAUGAUGUUGAACAACUUCAUAAUCUUAUUUCAGUUGUUCAUGACUACUUCGGUAAAACUUACAAUGCACGUGUUGUCGUGCGUUUCCCUGCAGCAUUUGACAAUAAGAUCGAUAUGAACAAUCCAAAAUUGAAGAAUAAUGUUUCGACAUUUAUGGUAGCAAAUAUGUCUGAUUUAAAAUAUGAUAAUGAUGAUUUAGUUCAAUAUGAUCGCGAACAAUACGUCUUAGUUACAGAUAAGCAAGCAAUUGUAGUUUAUGCUAAUCAAAUCAUGAUAAUUAUGACUACUGAAGCAUUUUGUGCUAAAGAUUGGGAUGAAGAAGAAGCAUACAAUCGCAUUCUUUCGGCAUCAGCUGUCGCCAUGAUUAUGGAUAAGGUGAAUAAAGUUCCAGUUGGUUUUGGACGAAUAUUUAUGAUGCGAAACAACAAUAACAAUGAAGAAGAAACGCUUGGCUACUUAUCCGAUGUUGCUGUAAAUAUUCAACAUCAAAAUAAAGGUUUGGGAAGAGUUAUAGUUAAUUAUCUUGUUAGUGUCUACAUUGGCCAAAAUGCUAGUCAACGAUCGACAAAUGGAUCGAUUUGUCUAAUCUGUGGCAAAAAAGGCAGUGGAGCCAUAUCCGCACCAAAAUUGUAUCGAAGUUUGGGCUUCGAACAUCUGGAUAACAUCGGAAAUCGGAUUGCCAUCUUAACUUCUGACAAAUAUUAUUUCCGUCGAUCUCUGCAACGAUAA